GCCACAAGUAUCAACUCCGCCCAUUCCCCUUUGUUGGCGGCAGUAUGCCCUGUUUACAAUUGACUUGGUCAAAAACAGAUGAGUCAGAUUGGAUACGUGCUCAAAUGAAUUAGCGUUUCGUCCGCAUCAGGUUACGUCCCUCCUGUUGGUAAAGGAAUCUUCAAUCCCUUCACGAUGGACCCUGUAUCCGCUGCCGCCCUCGUCAAAGCAGUAGGAGUCGCCUUGGAUGCCGCCAUUGGUAUCCACUCGAUCAUCAAGGCCUUGAGGACGUUCCCCAUAAUCAUCGCAGACACUCACGACGAAAUGGAUCAAAUGAUCCUCCGACUCAAGCACCUUCAACGGGAGUCACAGACCCGUACCCUCCCACUCGAUAUGUUGGAGGCUUGGCUCCGCUACCAACAAACCUGUAACCGAACCCUGGACAGCAUCCAAGAAAUCCUGAGCUCUUACGCCAAACGCAGCAAAUCAUUCCGCGCUCCAUUGAACUUCCUCGACUUCCAGUUCUUUUCAGGGAAGGACAAGCUUGUGGAGUUGUUAAAACCCCUCAAGGAAUGCAGUGACUACUUUUCGUGGCUUUCUAAGAAUAUCCUUAAGGCUCCGCUGACUAGCGAUAUCUUGUGUAUAGGUGUUCAUGGCUCGACAGGAGCUGCGUCAGUUGUUAGUCUGGGCCAAUACUUCAGAAUGGAAAUGAAAGAUGAAAUUGCGAAGAGGGAGGGCAGCUCUUGAGCUUCGUACAGCAGCGGUUUGGGAGAAUGGUUUCGCGUCCAUUUCAGAUAUGUGAUUGGUUUCUGGGAUAUUGGGAGGUAAUAUUGGUCAUUCAAGCUGGACUUGGGUAGAUAAUAUUCAAGCUGGACUUGGGUAGAUAAUAUUCAAGCUGGACUUG